AUGAAGUACACUUCUCCAUUGAUCCUUCUUUCUCUUGUCCUUAUUGUUGUAUCUUCAUCUCCAUUAUGGGCUUCAGCAUCUGAACAAAAAUAUCAACACUUUCUUCAAUGUCUCUUAGAGCAUUCUUUAGACAAUUAUCCCAUUUCCAAAGUGGUUUAUAGUCCCAUAAACUCUUCUUAUUCUUCUGUUUUGGACUUCUCCAUUAGAAACCUCAGAUUCUCGAAGCCUCAAACCCCAAAGCCACUCCUGAUUAUCACUCCCUCACAUGUUUCCCACAUUCAGGCAGCCGUCAUAUGCUCCAAAUCCCAUGGCUUACAAAUCCGAACUCGUAGCGGCGGUCAUGAUUUCGAGGGUCUUUCUUACGUUGCCUAUCUCCCAUUUAUCAUCGUUGACCUAAUAAAUCUCAGAUCCGUUACCAUUGACGUUGAAAACAGCACUGCAUGGGUUCAGUCAGGUGCAACUCUAGGAGAACUUUACUAUAGAAUUGGUGAGAAAAGUCGAACCUUGGCAUUUCCAGCAGGUGUUUGUCCGACGGUCGGCGUUGGUGGGCACUUCAGUGGCGGUGGAUAUGGAUUCAUGCUGAGGAAAUUUGGUCUUGCUGCUGAUAAUGUGAUAGAUGCUUAUUUAGUUGAUGCAAAUGGGAAGGUUCACGACAGAGAGUCUAUGGGAGAGGAUUUGUUUUGGGCCAUUAGAGGGGGCGGCGGAGGGAGCUUUGGAAUUGUGGUGGCGUGGAAAGUCAAGCUCGUUCCGGUUCCGGCGACGGUGACGAGUUGCUCAACACACAGAAAUUUGGAGGGAGAUGCAAUCAAGCUAGUCCAUCAGUGGCAAUAUGUGGCUAACAAAUUAGAUGAAAAUCUAUUCCUUGGCAUCCUUUUGACUGGAGGGAAUAUUACAACGACUCAAGAAGGCAUAGCAGACCCAACAGCUACAUUUUUCAUACUAUUUCUUGGAAAGGUAGAUGAACUUGUGGCAACUUUGUCGACAACUUUUCCUGAGUUAAGUUUAAUGAAACAAGACUGCGUAGAAACGAGUUGGAUCGAAUCAACACUCAUUGCUGCCACCGGAGUUCAAAUCGUUGAGUCCUUAGAACCUUUACUCAAUAGAACACCUCCCACCAUCGAAAGCACAAAAAUCAAAUCUGACUACAUCAAAGAACCAAUUCCCGAGGCUACAAUUGAAGGCAUAUUCCAAAGAUUAAAGGCUCAAGAUAUAGCAACAUCACAACUCAUAUUUGUUCCUUAUGGAGGGAGAAUGAGUCAAAUUUCUGAGUCAGAAACUCCAUUUUCACAUAGAGCUGCAAAUUUAUACAAGAUUGGGUACAUUGUAGGGUGGAAGGAACAAAGUUUAAAUGCAAAGAAAAGGCACAUAAGUUGGAUACGAGAAGUUUAUGAAUACAUGACCCCUUUUGUUUCAAAAUCACCAAGGUCUGCAUAUGCUAAUUAUAGAGAUCUUGAUAUUGGAGCUAACAACAAAUAUAGAAAGACGAGCGUCAAACAAGCAAGCGUUUGGGGGUUGAAGUAUUUUGGGAACAACUUUAAGAGGUUGGUAUAUGUUAAGACUAAGGUUGAUCCUUAUGAUUUCUUUAGACAUGAACAAAGUAUACCUGCCCUUUAA